CUUCAGCCCCCUCCUCCUCCUCCUCCCUUAGCAGCACCAACUCUGCCUCAGUUGUCACUAACCGAGCCGAAGGAACUACCGUCAUGGCACCGCCUUUGGAGGAGAUUCUCAACAAACUUUUAGUGGCUGACAAUGCAGUCAUUCAGGAGGGCAGCAGAGAACUAGGAGAAGUUCUUAAACAACCAGGCGUUGUUGGGGAACUAUGCCGUGUGAUGGGAACAUCAUCAUCCACUCAAAUUAGACAAUAUGCCGCUGUGAUUCUCCGUAAGCGUCUCGCCAAGUCACGUCACUGGUCUAAGCUUGAGCCAGAUGUCUGCAAUGGCAUUAAGGAGGGUGUUCUUCAAGCAUUAAUUCAGGAGCCAGAAAGUAGUGUCAGGAACUCCAUUGCUCAGUUUGUAGGUGUAAUAGCUCGUCAUGAAUUACCAGCUGGAAAAUGGGAUGCUCUCCUACAGUUUGUCCAACAGAUGGUUCAGUCCCAAAGCCUCCAGGAGCGACAGCUCGGUGUGUAUGUUGUGAGUGUCGUUAGUGGUGUUGCAGGAGAUCAGCUUAUGCCCCAUUUGAAGCCCCUUUUACAUUUGUUUGCCACAACGCUAGAAGAUACAUCAAACCCAACGGCAUUUCAUACCAUUCAGGCCAUGACUAAUUUUGCCCCUCUUGUGGAUCAAGAUAACAUGACGGAAUUUCAGGCACUGUUACCAAAGGUUUUGGUUGCAAUAAAGGCACUUAUAUUAAGUGACGAGGAUGAAGCUGCAGAAGCCAUGGAACUUUUUGAUGUUCUUGCCGAGUGUGAGGUGGCCCUGUUAGUACCUCAUCUACGACCAGUAAUUGAACUAUGCUUGGAGGUUACUAGAAACACAUCCCUUGGUGACACAGUGAGAGUAAAAGCUAUCACUUUCUUAGGAUAUAUUACUAGAUUGAAGAAAAAGUACAUUGUGAAAAACAAGCUAGUGGUACCCAUAGUUAGCGUUAUGUUUGGCGUGGCCUGCAGCGAAGGUGAAGACGAGAAUUAUAUAGGUUUUCUUGGGGGAGAGGAAGGGGAAGGCGGCAGUCCUGUGCAUGCUGCUGCUCAAACCCUAGAUGCUUGUGCACUUCAUCUUCCCCCUGAUAAGCUCUUGCCUUGCCUCAUGUCUCAUGUAGAACCAGCUCUGAAAAGUGGCAACCCACAUCAGGUAAAAGGUGCUUAUCUUGCCUUGGCAAUGGUAGCUGAAGGAUGUUCAGACACCUUGCGGCUCAAGCACCUUCAUCCACUUCUCCAGUGCAUUUGUCAUGGCAUUACAAAUGAAAACCAGUUAAUCCGUAAUAGUGCUUUGUUUGCUCUUGGACAAUUUGCUGAACAUCUCCAACCUGACAUCAGCAAAUACCAUGCUGAAUUGCUCCCUGUUCUCUUUAAUUACCUGACACAGACUUGUGUAAUAGUCCGCAGUGGAGGGAGUGAUCCACCUGGAGUCGAUCGAAUGUUUUAUGCACUUGAAAUGUUUUGUGAGAAUUUGGAAGGCGAAUUACUCCCACAUUUACCAGCAUUGAUGGAGAGGCUGUUUGCUGUUUUAGGUGCACCUACUUCAGUUCAUAUGAAGGAACUGGCCAUAAGUGCGAUAGGAGCUACAGCAAAUGCAGCGAAGGAACACAUGGUACCCUAUUUCCAGCAAAUUAUUGAGAUGCUCAAAGGAUAUCUAACUCAGGAUCAAAAGGAUGAAACAAUGUCACUUCAAGUUCAGUCUAUUGAUACACUUGGACAGUUGGCCAGAUGUAUGGGUCCAGAAAACUUCAGUGUCUAUGCACCAGACUGCAUUACCCUUGGGCUGGGAUUAAUGGAACGUAAAGAUGACCCAGAUGUACGAAAGACUUGCUAUUUGUUGUUUGCCUCAUUAGCUUCAGUCAUGAAGGGAGACAUGGCUCCUCAUUUACCGAAGAUCAUGGAACGAAUGAUGCUAUCGCUAAGAAGUACCGAUGGUGUCGUGACCCACUUCAAAGGUGAUGAAGCAGGAUUACCAACAACAUUAGAGGGAUUAAGUGAUUCUGAAGGUGAACAGGAGGAAGGAGAGAUUGAUCUUGUAGGUAAUGAAGAUAAUGAUGACGAUGACGUUGCUGGAUACACAGUGGAAAAUUCUUUCCUUGAAGAAAAAGAAGAUACCUGUGUUGCUUUGAGGGAACUUAGUCUCCACUGUGGUGAUGCAUUCUUACCUUACAUGGAUAAGAGUGUUGAGGAAGUAUAUAAAAUGUUGAACUACCCGAGUGAAGAUGUCAGGCAAUCUGCAGUUGGGGCAAUGGCACAAUUCAUUAUAAGCCUUGCAAAAAGUUCUGCUCCUGAAGCAAGUCAAGGAUUCCAGAAAUGGAUUCAGGUACUUAUACCCAAGUUGUCAGAGCUAAUUCGGACAGACGAGGAGCGUUCUGUUGUCAUGGCAUGUUUAGAAGCGUAUGCAGAAGUGUUAAAGGAAGCAGGUCCUCCAGUAUUAGCACCUCAGGGACAUCUUGAGGCUAUAAUGAAUUGUGUCAGUGAUGUUAUGUUGAAGAAGACUAUGUGUCAAGAUAUGGCAGAUGAAGCAAGUAGUGAAGAUGAAGGUGAGGCAGAACAUGAUGAGAUGCUUAUUGAAUAUGCUGGAGAAGUGGUUCCAAGUCUUGGUAAAGCAAUGACUCAAGCAGAAUUUGCUACACAGUUCAGCCAGUUGUUGCCUCUGUUUGCCAAUAAAACAAAGAAGGGUUGCAGUGUUGCCGAGAGGUCCUUUAGUUUAGGAACCUUAGCAGAGGCUGUAGAAGCUCUUGGCUCUGCUAGUGGGCAGUUUGUGCCACAGCUUCUCCCACUUUUCCAGACGGGUGCACGGGACGAGGAUGAUGAAGUCCGUUCAAAUUCCAUUUAUGGUUUAGGAGUUCUUGGUCAGCAUGGUGGUGAAGCUAUUUUAGGGCAUUACCCCAACAUCUUAACAGCAUUAUCUGAGGCUCUUAGCAAGGAAUCCUUCCCGCGAGCUGUUGACAAUAUUUGUGGUGCCGUGGCAAGACUGAUUGCAACUAGUCCAGGCAAUGUACCCAUGGAGCAGGUAUUUCCUGUUGUAUUUGGUUGUUUGCCGUUAAGAGAAGACUUUGAAGAGAAUUCUACCGUUUUCAAUUGCUUCUUGGUGCUGUAUAAACAGCAGCAUCCAAUGUUGGCCCAGAAUCUUGCCGCAGUUUUAAGUCUUGCGGCACAUGUCUAUAACACCAAGCAGUCUGAUGAACAAACUAAUAAAGUCAUUGAAGAACUUGUGAGUAGUGCAAGCCGCGAUUUCCCUGAACAGUUCAAUUCUCUAAUGCAAAACAUCGAACCUGAAGUUGGAGCUCGUUUACAAGCAGCAGCAACAGCUGGAGCUGCAGCCACUCCUUCGUCCCCUCCUGCAUCCUAGUGUUAAAAAUGAACAUUAUGUUAUGUAGGUAUGUGCACUUAAUAUUGAAAUGUGUGAAAGUUUAUACUUGCUUAUGGUGGAUAGUGGGAUGAGCAUACUCAUGACUUUGUGAAGCGUUGUUAUAUUUGGGAAGCUUUGGUCUGAUUCAAAGCUUGAUUAUAUAAGUACUGCUUCUCUGCUUUGUACUUAGUGUCAGUCAUACAAGUACACUGUUGACUGUGUAUGGUAAACUUGGUAAAGUAAACCUUCAUAAGUUCAACUCAAGUACUCCAGCUGUAACUGUUCUGGAUAUCUUAUUUAAUUAUUGUAACAAGCCUUAUGCAUUUAUGUGAUGUCAUUUACAUUGCACUAGAUUGCAAGUGCUCAAGGAUUAUUGGAGGGAUUCAAGUUUCUAUGGGUAAGGGUUAGACAUAUCACAACUUCUGCGAGUUGUCUAGAAUUUGUAGAGGAUAUUGUAAAAUUCAUUAAGACUUUCCUUAGUGCAAUGAGGCAAAUUUCCUGUAUAGGAAAAUUAUAUGUAGAAGUAAGUUCUUUUAUUUCACUUGUUUAUUUUUGUUUAUUGUUAUUUCUUUGUAAAACUCUUAUCAAGAUAAAUGUAUACACCUGAAAUUCAGAAGAUAUAGGUAGCCUAAGUCCAUGAGAGCCAUUCAUGACUUUCUUAUCUUUGAAGUCUUGCAUGAUACAGACGUUCUACUUUUCUUUCUUCCACUUUACUCAUAGCAUUUAAGUGUAGAUUUUCCAUCUUGAUACAGCAGGCAUCUUACGAUACAGUUUAAAUAAGCCUUAUACGUAAUAGCUUGAUGUUUAAUUAGAACACUGGAAUUCCCAUACAUAAAUUAUAAUUUGUUCAUUCAGUAGUGUAGAUAUUUAAAGUAUUGCUGACUGUAACUAAUAACAUGCUUACAUUACAAUGUAAGGUUAUGUAAAGAUGGGUGCAUUCUUGAGUAUACUUUUCUUCUGUUGUCAGUUAGGCCAGUUUUGUGCAUUACCUAAGAGAUUUUGAAGUUUUAGUGGCUAGUCAUCUUGCCUGUGCAUUUUCCUUCUAGCCAUUGGUGUAUAUUGCCAAGAAUUGUUGUAAUUCUCCUAUUCUGCCCAAGGGAGUGGCUUCUCAAAGAUUUAAUUUGAUCUAUAUAUAGAUUGAUAAAGUAAGAGUAUAACAUUUAUACUCAAAUUCUCAGUACUAGGUUGGUGCUAUUAUUGAAAGCUGUUAGUAUGGAACAUUUAGUUCUAGAAUAAGUUGUGUUGUGAAAGGUAUGUAUGCAAAUGGCUAUAUUUUCAAAGCUACAAAGACUGAUGAUUACCUAUGCACCUAUCGAUUUCUACAUAGGUUUUUAUGUCUUCUGAAUUGACUCUUUGUUACUGUAGUAAGUUCUGAAUUUAAGUAAAAAAAAAAUAUUCAAGCAAACAAGAGAAGCUAUUUUGUUCACUGUUGCUUCAUAUGGAAAUGAGCAAUGAUCCUUCAAGGAACUAAGAGUUAACAUUUGAAUAUAAAAAUAUGCUUACAAAUUUUUUAAGUUUAUUUUUGUAACGCGAUUGUCAGCUGUUUCAGUACGUGUGACAAGAGUAGCUUUAAUUCUUAAUAAGGUAGCUGCAUAAGCUUCUUUGGGGUCCAAAAUUCUAAAAUGUGAUAAAAGCUUAUUAUAAUUUUGUAAAAUGUAUAAAAUACCCAGUCCUCAAAAAGUCUUUGCUACUUACUCACGUAUGAUUCUAGUCUAAAUGUUUUAUGUAGAUUGGGAGCUAAAGAAUUUUAAUGGUAGGGUUAUCGAUAUUAAAAAUAUUUGUAAGCUUAAGUUUAAAAAAAAAAAAAAAGAUAACUAUUUUUAUACAUUUUAAGUGCCUUAAGUGAUGCAGUGAUGUCAGAUAAGUUUCUCAUAAAAUUUAGGCUUCCUGUUCCUUGCAAUUUCGUUUUCAUAUGGAUGAGCAAGAGAAGAUUUACGCUAUUUAUUGUAGACCUCUGAAUUUUAUUGAAAGUAUUGUACACAGUUGAGUUUGAAUAAAAUUGAAGACUGAAA